GCGGGUUCUCGUGAGAGCCCAGGAUUUCGCGGCGCGUGGUAGGAAAGCGGCGCGGGAAGCCCAGCAGCGCCGGACGGGUCCGCUCCCCUCCCCUCACGGCCUCGGCGCGGCGCGGCGCGGCGCAAUGCCGGCCCACAACAGCCCGAGCAGCGGCGAGCUGCUAGCAGCGGAGAUGGGCGCACAGGAGGCGGCGGCAGUGAUCACACCAGCUAUGCUGCAGGAGGAGGAGCAGCUGGCAGUUGCUGGUGCGGAGGAGGAGCGGCAGAUGCUGGAGAAGGCCCGAAUGUCCUGGGACAGAGACUCUAGUGAAAUGCGCUACAAGAGGCUUCAGCAUUUGCUGGAAAAAAGCAAUAUCUAUUCAAAAUUUUUGCUAACCAAAAUGGAACAACAGCAGCUGGAGGAACAGAAAAGGAAAGAGAAAUUAGAAAAAAAGCGAGAAGCGUUACUAAAACCUACAAAAGAUCAAAAUCUAACUGAUGGAAAAGAAGAGAAAUCAGCCGUGAAAAAGAAAAGAGGAAGAGAAGAUGGAACCUAUAACAUUUCAGAAGUCAUGUCCAAAGAGGAAAUCUUGUCAGUGGUCAAAAAAAGCAAAGUAGAAAAUCAGGAUGAAACCUCCUCUCAUAAACUGUGUGCGGAAGACCUACAGAAGAAUGGAGACUCUAAUAGUGUCAUUAAAGAUAGGCUAUCUCAAGCUGUGCGACACAAUGCCAAGCAUUUCCUUGAUCCAGUACGGAAAUUCAAUGGACAGCCAGUACCCUUUCAACAACCAAAGCUUUUUACUGGAGGUGUUAUGCGGUGGUACCAAGUUGAAGGCAUGGAAUGGCUCAGGAUGCUUUGGGAAAAUGGCAUUAAUGGCAUUUUGGCUGAUGAAAUGGGAUUAGGAAAAACUAUCCAGUGCAUAGCAACAAUAGCACUGAUGGUAGAGAGAGGAGUUCCUGGACCAUUCUUAGUAUGUGGUCCCCUGUCUACACUUCCUAACUGGAUGUCUGAAUUCAAGAGGUUCGCUCCAGAGAUCCCCACAAUGCUGUACCAUGGAGCCCAGCAGGAACGUCGCAAAUUGGUUCACAAAAUUCACAGGCAACAAGGAUCGCUGCAGAUCCAUCCUGUGGUCAUUACUUCAUUUGAAAUAGCCAUGAGAGACAGAAAUGCUUUGCAGCAUUGCUUCUGGAAGUACCUGAUAGUGGAUGAAGGUCAUAGGAUUAAAAACAUGAACUGCCGUCUUAUCAGGGAAUUAAAACGGUUUAAUGCUGACAAUAAACUUCUGUUAACUGGUACUCCCUUGCAAAACAACUUGGCAGAGCUUUGGUCUCUGCUUAACUUCCUGCUCCCAGAUGUGUUUGAUGAUUUGAAAAGCUUUGAAUCCUGGUUUGAUAUUACAAGCAUUACAGAAAUAGCUGAAGAUAUUGUUGCUAAAGAAAGGGAGCAGAACAUCUUGCAUAUGCUACAUCAGAUUUUGACACCCUUCUUAUUGAGAAGACUGAAAUCUGAUGUAGCUCUUGAGGUCCCUCCUAAACGAGAAGUUGUGGUGUAUGCACCAUUGACAAAGAAGCAAGAAACCUUCUAUAAGGCAAUAGUAAACCGGACCAUUAGAAAACUGCUUGGGAACAAUGAGAAAGAAGUGGUUGAGUUGAGUCCUACAGGCCGACCAAAGCGCCAGAGUCGAAAAUCCAUUAAUUAUCGUGAAAUAGAUGAAAUAACACCCGAUGAUAUGGAAAAACUGAUCAGCAAAAUGCAGGAGGAAGUAGAAAAAGAGAGGCCAGUGAUAGAAAUGAGCAUUCCCAUGGAUUCAGAAGUUAACCUUAAGAUGCAGAAUGUUAUGAUGUUACUAAGAAAAUGCUGUAACCAUCCAUACCUCAUUGAAUACCCACUGGACCCUGCCACACAACAAUUUAAGGUUGAUGAAGAUCUAGUGAAGAAUUCAGGCAAAUUCCUGCUCUUGGACCGGAUGCUUCCAGAAUUGAAAAAAAGGGGACAUAAGGUGCUGUUGUUCUCACAAAUGACAAUGAUGUUGGACAUUUUGAUGGAUUAUUGCUAUUUAAGAGAUUACAGAUUUAGUCGUUUGGAUGGAUCCAUGUCCUAUGCAGAGAGAGAAGAAAAUAUGCAGAAAUUUAACAUUGAACCCGAAGUCUUCCUAUUCUUAGUGAGUACACGGGCUGGAGGUCUGGGCAUCAACUUAACUGCAGCAGACACUGUCAUCAUUUAUGAUAGUGACUGGAAUCCCCAGUCUGACCUUCAGGCCCAGGACAGGUGCCACAGAAUCGGCCAAACUAAACCAGUUGUUGUGUAUCGCCUUGUAACAGCAAAUACUAUUGAUCAGAAGAUUGUGGAGAGAGCUGCUGCCAAGAGGAAGCUAGAGAAGCUGAUUAUCCACAAAAAUCAGUUUAAAGGUGGUAAAUCUGGGUUAAGCCAAUCAAAGAGCUGCUUGGAUCCUCAGGAAUUAAUGGAAUUACUGAAAUCAAGAGAUUACGAAAGAGAGGUUAAAGGAUCCAGAGAGAAAGUAAUCAGUGACAAAGAUUUAGAGUUACUGUUAGACAGAAGUGAUCUUAUCGACCAAAUGAAAAGGUCCCAAACAGUUAAAAAAGAAAAAGUGGGUGUCUUCAAAGUCUUAGAAGAUUCAGAAAACUCCAGCGUAGAAUGUGUUUUUUGAAGUGUGACUGGCCUCCUAAGCUACAUGCAGCUGAAGUCAGACCGUGCAAGGCCAUCAUUCAUUACACUGAUUUUUAAAGCUGGUUUAAAAUGUUAUGCUUUUAUGUGAUUUGUAACAUAUCUAGUAGUCUCAUACUUGUAAUUUUGUUAAUCUAACAUGAACAGUUCACAAAAUAAACACAUUACAGCCUGUCAAUUUUUUAUGAUCCAGUGGCAAACACUGCCAAAUUUGUACAAAUCUUCCUGUGGAAGUCUUGCUAAGCCUUUUGUUCUCUACAAGACAAAGUAUCAGUGGUUUUUAUUUGGGAGGGGAAGAAUUUUUAGUGCAUUUGUUUACAACCAGUUGUGUAACUUCAAUAAAUCUUUUUGAUAAAAUUG